GACUGACGUCUGAUGUGAUUUCUGACACAAGUCAGACUGGAUGGACGAGUCAGUGACAAGCAUCCGUUCACUUCUCUGCAGAUAGUCUAUAAGAUCCAUCGCUGUUCUACAAAUCCAUUUGUAGCUGAUCCUUCUUCCUCAAAACACAAAAACAGAAGCCAAAGCCAUGUCUGUGAAGAUGGUUGUGACACAACCAAGGCCCUUCAUCAUGGACUCUGUUUCCAACCAAUGGACGUCUGGCAUCUGUGACUGCCUUCAAGACCUUCCCCAGUGUUGCCUUUCCUGUUGGUGUUCUCCCUGCUUCGCCUGUAAGACGGCACGCGAGGCCGGAGAGUGUCUGUGUUUACCUCUGCUUGACGGUUGUGGACUCAUACCACCCAUCAAUACAGCCCUCAGGGUUUCAGUGCGCCAACGCUAUGGCAUUGAGGGUACGGUUUUCAACGACUGUGUGUACGCCUGCUGCUGCGGGCCCUGCUCCUGGUGCCAAAUAGCAAGAGAAAUCAAAACAAGGAUGAGUCCUAUUACCCUCGUGAAUGUGGGAAAAUAAAACAUCAUCAUUAUUCACAAAAAUGUCAUCACAGUCCUCUGAAGCUUCAUCAAGACUUCAAGAUCAAGAUGCUUUUUUUAACAGUAAAAGGGUGAGGGAUACUUAGACUUCUUUGUGAACUGUUGUAAGGCUGCCUGAGGAAUGUCACUGAGUAACUGAUUACAGAUCAGAACAUGUGGGUCGUAAAUGUUGCAUCACUAACAGAGAUAAGAGGCUGUCUUUUAUGAAAAUCCUGCAUUCAAUCUUUCCUAAGUUGUUUUUUACAAUUAUUAUAACGAGGUGCCGAUCGACUUUGCUAAUUUAAUGCUGCAGUUUGUGGAUGUUGGAUUGCACAGCAAUAUACAAGGGGAUGUUUCUGUUGUGAAGCCAAAUAUAAAUAAAGAAGACAAUAUAUGUGUGUAUAUAUACAGUAUGUAUACAUAGGG